AAAAAAAAAAAAGAAAAAAAAAAUUCAUCUCUAAUAACAAGAAAAACAACCAAAACUAAAAAGUUUCAGUUUUCAACUGUCAUCUUCCAAGUCGUGUCACAAGUUAUAUCUUAAAUAGAGAAAAAUAACAGCCACAACGAAUUGUCUACACCAUCAUCAUUUUAAACGAAAGUUGUUUAUGAAUUAAGUGUAUUUUACUAAGGAAAUAAGACAAAUGAUAUUCUGAGAGAUUUCAUCACCAGGACUUUUUUCCUAUUGGUUAACUUCGGGUCUUUAACGAUCACUUCGAAAUUCGGUAACUUGGAUUGUAGCAUUGACAGCAAACCGAAUGCAGUAUAUUAACUACGCCUUACAAACAUCCUCACGUUUCCUAACCUUAACAUCGAAUACCCCGAAUUCUCAGUCUGUAGAAACAACGAUCCUAAACGAGAAGAUUAACGUUAACGCCUCGACUUCGGCUGCUGAUCAAAGUGAUCCAGUGCAAAAUCCAUGAAAUUUACUCACGUUUAAUGUUAACUUGGCGCGAACCAAACUGUUAUCGUUCUUUAAUCGCGACAUGGCCGCCACUGAUGGCCAAAUAAUAUUGGCUGCUUCCCGUUUCGGGGAUACAACAACUUCGCCACCCAUUUAUUUACGUGACUUUUCUAAGCAAAAGUUACCGGCAGUGGCCAAGAUUGUUAAGGGUCAACAUCAAAAUUUAGGUGUGCCCACGCUCUCUGCACCUUCCUUGCAGAGUACGGCGUUGUUUUUGAGCGCAGGCAAAAAAUAUCAAAUACUUGCUCAACCAAUUAAGUUGAAGGAGGGUCGUAAGCCUACCAAUGUUGGUGCUAAGCUUCUAAUACCUGAAACCUAUCCCGGCUACUUUGAAUUACUUAGUGAAGAUGGUCGUUCAACACGUUGUAUUGAGUCCGUUUUAGAAUUAUCGAAACGACGAAAUUGCCGCGUUUUAGUUCGUGAAACUUUUCGUUGCCCUCCAAUAAAUCGCACUCUCCACGCUGGAGAGCUGCUUACGACUGUGAAUGAAAAUGGCAAAUUUUUGCAAUGCAAAAAUAUUAAAGAUGAAAUUAUUAAUUUACCACUCGAUACCAAAGCGAAGUUUUCACCCAUAGCCAAGGAGGAUAGUAUUAGUGGUGUACAUACUGUAAAGAACUUGCUAUUGAAACGUAUGCCCAUAGUCGUUAGAUUGGUUCACGGAAGUGUGCCAAAGGGACUGAAGCAACCCUUUGUAGCCGAAAUGCGUCUUUUAGGCUGUGUAGAAAUCGAUCGGGUCUUUGCUCUGCCCCUGCAAAAGGAUAAUGAUUUGGUGCCAGUUCCGCUCAAUGCCAAAAUCAAGCUUCAACGAGCGAAGAAUAUGGAACAGCUAGAGAAUUUUAUCGAAUAUUCACGCUUCCUGGAGAAGGCUCAGCGUCUUUUAGGCGAUGCUCGGGAUCGUCUACAAGUUGUCGAUAUCAAAUUAUCGGAAAAGGAAAAAAAAGAUUCCAAGUUUAGCGGCCGUAAUAAACUUCCGGUGGUAAUGCUACCAUCAGCGGCUGGAGUGGCUUAUGUGGCCAAUGGUCUCAUGGAAAACGGUUACAUUUUGAAACGAAGUGCAAGCUGUGAUUCGUACAGUAAGAAUCAACCCCCAGAAGAAAUAUCUGAAGAAUAUAAUGACAUUGACCACAUUUACGAUUAUGUACGAGGUCUGACCCCACUGUCCAAAGCGCUUUCACGUUUCGAACCAAUUUGUGAAACGCCGACAAUUAAGUCACAACACACUGACAGUAGCGGCAACUAUUGCAGCUUGAUACGGGUUAAUCAAAAUACCGCAGGUCAUUCGGCUCAGCAGCUAAACAAUAACAAUAGCAAUAAUAAUAACAACAAUAAUAAUUCCAAUACUAACAACAAUAGCUUAAACAAUAGCAGCGGCGGUCAUAAUAGCAAUAACAACAAUUACAGUAGUCUAGAGUCAACGAAACACACAAACAGUAGUCACAACAGCAGCAAUUAUAGCCAUAAUCAUCAUCACCAUUUGCCAACCACGACCGGGGGACCACAUCAUCAUCACCAGAGUCAUGCGCAUAAUCAUCAGUUGAGCAAUCUUGUGGUCAAUCACUACCAGCAUAGUCACAUUCAGGAAGAUAUAAAGCCAGUACCACCACCCAUUGAGACUAUACCGGGCAAAAAAUUGCCUGAAAAACGUCAAAGACCUACACUACCAAAGCUUUAUCUUAAAAACUCGUACAGUGCAGGCAGUAGCAGUAACAGUCAUGCGGCAAAUGGCGGCGCCAUAACCAGCAUCGCUAGCACCAACGGUAACCAUCAUCACCACCAUCAUCAUCAUAGUCAUCACUCGCCUUCACAGGCUGCCGUUGUUAAUGCAACAGCUGCGGCUGUGAGUUCUCAUCAUCACCACGCAGCCCAUCACGGCCAUCAUCCAAGCGUUAACGCUGGUAAUAAAGUUUUGACACCGAAUAAUCAUCAUCACACUCCGCUCAACGGCAAUGUGGCACCUUUAAGUGCCGGUAUUCUAGGCAAAGAUUGCAGCUUAGAGCCGCAAUCACCUCUAUUCCAUAUCAGAUACAAAAGCCUCAGCAGUCUUCAGUUAACACCGGACAGCAAUUCUGUAUCACCGCCGAUCUCAACAAAUCCCAAAGGACAACCCCUACUGGCACCGCCUGAUUUGGUGCUUAAAUGUAGCAAUAACAAUAAUAAUAAUCAUAACGUUCCCCUGCCCUUGAGCAAAAGUUCAAGCACAAACGGUGGUCUCACGAGCAUGAUACAUCAUAACCCGCGUGAAGGUACUCUCGACUCAUCACGUAGUGGCGGACGUACUUCGGGCGAUUCAAAUAAACUGCCCGAAAAAAAAACUCGUCGACUAUCGCGGCCACGAAGUCUAUCGAAUUUGGUAUGGGACUUACGACCAACCAAAGAAAAGUCAAAAAAGAAACUCUAUAUUCAUCAUUUUGAUCAUCGUCAACAGGCGACCUUGUAUUUGUAGUCAGCAAUCGCUCUCAUGGAAAAUUGCAUAAAAAUCAUAUUUUCAAUAAUAAUAAUCGAUGAGUGGAACGUUGCAAAAGGAACUUUUUGUGUACUUAUUUAGUAAUCGACGGCGCACCAAAUUGACUUUAAAUUUGCACGUACUCACGUACAUAUACAUAUAUACGUAUGUCGUUUCAUCGACAUUACUUAAUGUUGCCAUCAUAACAAACAUUGUUGUUUGUUUCAAGCGAAAUAUACAGGUUUAAUGGAAAUUCUUUAAAUAUAUUAUUAAGAUUUUUUCUUUCGUGAUUAUUUAGAUAAACGCAUCAUAUAAAUGACUCUUAAUAGUUAUGGCAAUGGUAAGAGUAACGUGAAUUUCUUUUAUAAAUUAAUUCUUGAGUUCGAAAUUGAAAAAGCUUUCGAUGUUUACUUGUAAAAGAGAUAUAUAAAAUUAUGUGCCUUUUUUUUUUUUUUUUAAUUAACACAUUUUUCUUUUCGAAAACUUGCUGUUAAAGAAUUUGGUUAGCCUUUUAUAGAUUGAGAUUCGCAAGAAAUGAAGCCAUACUUUAAAUAAGAUUGAUAUGAUAUGAAAGUAAAUUGAUUUUACGUCUCAUUCUGUUCUACACAAACAGCAAAUAUGCGAAAAUUUAUUUUUAUUUUAUAUAUAAUUAAAUCGUUUAGAUUUUAAACAUAUCUAUGCGCAAGUCUUUAAAAAUGUGAUUUUAUUUUUAAAUUUGAUAUCAACAGAGAAGAAGAUGAAGAAAAUUAUUAUAGUUUUUAAUUUUUUUAAUUUUUUUUUUUAUUUUUUUUUUUUUUUUUUUGCUUAAACUCAUUACGGGCUCUGCCUACCCAUUUUGUGAUGAGUGUGUUUAAGACAAUAUUAUUAUUUUUUUCCUUUUUUUGAAAAGAGUCACAUUUCAUAAUUAACAAGAUUUGAAAAAAUGUAAAUCAAGAGAAAAAAUUCAUUUAAUAAAGAUAACAAAAAAAAAAUAGAAAAAAAAAAC